AUGGCCUGGCGCUGUACCGGCAGAACCAACGCAGAGCUCAUCUCCAACCUGGCCGCGUCGGGCCUCAUCAAAAAUGAGCGCGUCCUCCAAGCAAUGUCAGGGAGGGCGAAGGUCGACCGCGCGCAUUACUGUCCCGACUCCUCCUCCGCCUACGAAGAUUCGCCCCAAUCCAUCGGCCACGGCGCGACCAUCUCGGCUCCGCACAUGCACGCCUCCGCCUGCGAAUCGCUCCUCGCCUUCCUGCACCCCACCGCUCGCGUCCUCGACAUCGGCUCCGGCUCCGGCUAUCUCACCCACGUCCUCGCCAACCUCGUCGCCGGCACCUCCGACGCCGAGCGAACCCAAGCAAGCGGCGGCAAAGUGAUCGGGAUCGACCACAUCCAACCGCUCGUCACUCUGGCGACGAACAACAUGUGCAAGAGCACGGACGGAAGAGCGCUGCUGGAGAAAGGCCGCGUCGAAUUCAUCUGCGGCGACGGCCGGAAAGGCUACCCGGAGGGAGGCCCCUACGAUGCCAUCCACGUGGGCGCCGCGGCGCAGAGUCUCCACGCCGAGCUCCUCGAGCAGCUCAAGAGCCCCGGACGCAUGUUCAUCCCCGUCGAGGAACAGGGCGGCUUCGGUGCCCAGUGGAUCUGGGUGGUGGAUAAGGAUCCCGACGGCAAGAUCCGCAAGAGAAAGAGUAUGGGCGUCAGAUACGUGCCGCUAACCGAUGCUCCGAGAUGA